AUGUGGAUCGUCAACUGGUUCUGGGAGACUCUUGCGUCCUUGGGACUGAUGAACAAGCAUGCCAAACUCCUCUUCCUCGGUCUCGAUAAUGCUGGAAAGACAACGCUGUUGCAUAUGCUGAAGAAUGAUCGGGUCGCUAUCCUCCAACCUACGCUUCAUCCCACAUCUGAAGAACUCGCCAUCGGCAAUGUGAAAUUCACCACCUUCGACUUGGGCGGCCAUCAACAAGCGCGUCGUCUCUGGAAGGACUACUUCCCAGAGGUCUCCGGUAUCGUCUUCCUAGUUGACGCCAAGGACCACGAGCGCCUCUGCGAGUCGAAAGCCGAGCUUGACGCCUUGUUGAGCAUGGAAGAGCUAGGCAAGGUUCCGUUCGUCGUGCUGGGAAACAAGAUCGACCACCCGGACGCGGUCAGCGAGGAUGAGUUGCGACACCAGCUGGGCUUAUAUCAGACGACGGGCAAGGGCAAGGUUCCGCUCGAGGGCAUCAGACCGGUUGAGGUUUUCAUGUGCUCUGUUGUUAUGAGACAAGGUUACGGUGAUGCUAUUAGAUGGUUGUCUCAAUACGUCUAG